AUGCCUUCCAAGCUACGUGAGAAAAGCCCUGAGCGGCGCCGCGAGCGAAAAGAGUCUUCUAAAGAUGACAAGGAGAAGCGCCACCGGCACAAGACGCACUCCUCCCGCAAGUCUUCGUCCAAAGAGAAAUCGACCUCGCGAACGUCGUUGAAUUCAGACGGCUCCCAAAGACGUUCAUCCAUGCCCGAAGCCAUCUCAGAGGCAGAAGAGAAGCCGAUACCCAAGUCCGAGUCCAAGUCGAGCCUUCCUUACCCCUCAUUUUCCAAACUGCACAGUAAGGAGGCCAUUGGACCCAGGCCACCGAACGGUAUCUUUACACCCACAGCCACAGAUUUGGAUGCGUCGAAAGAAAAAUUAUCACAGCCUAGAUCGGCUGCCGGGACUCGUGGCCCUCCCAGCCCUCCACUCACCGAUCAGACUGCGGGCAGGAAAACAUCAAAGGUCAAGCCUGUGAGGGUGGAGACAAUCGAUGAAGAGGACAAGAAAGAGUCCAGCGACAGGGACAGCAAGAUCCGGAUCAGAUUACAGCCAAAGUCGUCACGCUCCAACGGCCACUUGCGCAGCUCCUCCGAUCUAGGAUCCACUGGUUCGCCCACCAAAACGAAGGAGGCGACAACGUCACCGCUGAAGCCCAGAGAGUUGGAUGGUGGCGUGAAGCGUUCUGUCAGCCAACCUACCAGAAAGAAAACCCCAGAGCCCGAUAGAACAUCCCCCGACGAUGUUGGUAGCAGCUCGGACGGCACCUCAAUCGCACCAGUUCAACCCAAUAUUCAACGUCCAGGUUCGAGAAUACCGCCGGGUGCUGGUCAUGAUGGUGUGCGAUCUCACGUCACCUCGCUCAAUGAUGCGCAAUCUCGAGGCACAACACCGCUCGAAGUGUUUGGAUCCCCCCAUUCUUCGGCAUAUCCAGCCUCAGCUGCCCCGCCUCCGCCUCCACCGCCACCAGUUGUGUCCGUGCCGCGUGUCGACUACCUUCUUCAGCAUGGCGGUCUGCAUUACACCGUCCCAAAGAAUUUACUUCUUUCUGGAAAGCCAAUGGCAAUUCAGCAAGCCAUGACCCCGAGUCAAGAGCCGGUUGUGGUCGCCAAUCUUUUCGAACCGUAUCACCAGCUGCUCGAUGAUUUUGACCGAGUCAUCAGCAAGAAUGGCUCUCUGGCGGUUGCGACAGGCUACAAGUCCGUUGCACGGCGAUUGCUAGAUCGCCUGGAAGCCGUUUUUGCGCGAGACAUCUCCAACGAAUUCUGUCAAUGCUGUAUGUGCGCGGAAGAACAUCAACAAGGCGAAGAUGUCCGGGGCGUCAGCUGGGGUGAAAUACUCGAACUCGUCGCUGGUCGACAGGAAUUGCCCAUCUGGCCUCCCUUCUCCCUUGUCGGCGCGCCUGUGGGCCUCGGUAUUGCUGCAGAGCCACACGCCCCGAUGCAAAAGCUCGAUAUCGAUGUGCCAGAGGAGUAUCGCGAGCAUUACAUACGACAGUCGCGAAAGACCAAACAAUCAGUGGACAAGUGGUUAAACCGGCAGAAUGACGCGCCAACUAGUCCGCCGGAAGAAUUCGACGAUGAGACUCUGACAUUUGCCAUGCUCACCCAUCUACCUGUGGAACAGCGUCAGCUCUACAAGAACCUCUUGUGUAUUGUCGAUCGGCCGCUCGAGCCUCCGCGCCGCGCGCCGUCUCCCGAGAAAGGCGCUCCACCCGAACCAGUGCCAACACCCGCACCACGCGAGCGACCAGCGCAUAUUGUCCUGGUUGGUGAAGCUAUUCAACGACUCUACCGGCUCCACUCGCCGCCGCGCGAUCCCGAGACUGCCAUUUUCAUGCUCAACAAUCCUCAGCUGCACAAUGCGCUCGCGACGCUUGCAGCGGUGUCCAACGAUGAAUGGGAAAUUCUCAUCUCGGGCCGCUUUGAUGGAUUCCUGCGGUCUGGGGCCGACGAUGCUCCUGCACCUGACAUGCCACUCCGCAAACCACUGUCGCGUGGUGCGACCCCUGCACAAGGGCGAAUGAGCGCCAGCGGCUUCCAACAUGCGCGGCCCAACAGUACUGGCCCAGGAUAUGGUCGAUCAGCCACGCCCGGCACAGCCACACGCGGAGCCCCGAUUGCCUUUGACGAAGAAACGGAAAUCGCCACGCUUGCGGAGAUCGAACGGGAUAUCUAUCAGGGUAUGGAAGUUUUAGAAGACGCGUUUGAGCAGUUGCAUGUCAAGGCAGAAGCCGUGCGCCGUGCACUUGCGGAGCGGGCUGCCGGCCUAUCAGCUGCUUCACACCGUCGGCGCGGGUCGGCUGCUGGAGGAGUGGAGGUGCGGAUGGGCACACCGGGAAGCGGGCUUGGAGUUGGUUUUGACGGAUUGCGCGGUCCGUAUGGGGGUGGCGUCGGUACGGGGAUGUGGGAGUCGGAGACAGACGAUGGCUUAGGGGAUUGGGACGGGGUCAGCGAGCUGGCACCCGACGACAGCGCGAGCAACAUUAGCAGCUCGAGAAGACGGAGACCGAAGCGGAGAGACGAGCGGGCCAAGGCGCGAAGGACGCCCAUGAUCGAGGAAGAGGAUGCCGAGAGUGAGGGGACAGAGAGUCCGACUAAAGGGUUUUGA